AGAAGGAGGGGGUUGGCUUUAGUGUGAUUUGAAUGGGCGUGAGAGAGAGCGUGAGGGACUGAGCAAAUCAACCUGCCUCUUUUGACUGAACAACGGGAUGGAAGAGCUGAGCUCCUAGCCACACUGAUCAGAGAGGAGUUUUAUUUUGGGAGAGGGGAAGAAGGAAGCAGACAAGGGGAACCGAAGAGGGAGAAGAAGGAGAAAAGGCAUCAGAUUGGGGAUAGAUAGCAGAAAAAUGCUGUCAUGGGGAGAGGGGGGAGGGAGCCGACAGAAAGGAACAUAAUGAGACCAGGCAGGGUGGAGCGGAGCUGAAAUGUGGAGGUGUCCAGUGGAAGAGACCAAAGAGAAGCAAGAAGGUGCUGAGGGGUGUGAGCUGAUGGAUGACAGAUCAGAGAAGCCAACACACACGCGAAUCCUCUCCAACCCAGAGGACAGAGAGCUGGACCAAACCACAACUGGACCACACCACAACUGGACCACACCACGACUGGACCACACCACGACUGGACCACACCACGACUGGACCACACCACGACUGGACCACACUACGACUGGGGCACACCACGACUGGGGCACACCACGACUGAGGCACACCAGAAUAGUAGUCAUCUGCAAAGCCAAAGCUGGAGGACGUCCUAAAGGAACGUGGAAUGGGUGUACGUUUUCCAGAUCUAAAACAUAUCAUUGUAUCUUAUACAACAGUCAUCUAAUAGUCCUUUGCAUUUUGUUAUUGAAUGUGGAUGAAGAACACGUGUAGUACCUUUACUCAUCAGGCUUGACACAGUGAGGAGAGAUAGUUGGAGUCUGAGGCACCAUGCAGUCUGACGACCUUUUCCUACGCAAGUUUUGCCGGCAGAGGCCACGACCCCCUCUGACAACGGUCAACUUUGACUCUAAGCGAGAGGGUGGGGUAAGGGCGCGGGUGGUGACAGGGGAGUGGCCCCCGAGGAGGGAUGGAACAGAUGGGGAGAGUCUUACUACUCCGAGCUGUGUGGGUCUGAACCUGAGGUCAGUGGGCCGAGGACACAUCAUGCAGAGAAGCAACAGUGACGUGACGCUCGGAGACCUGGACUCCUCUGGUAAGGCGGGAGGGAAGGCAACACGGGCGGUGGGGGAGAAGGCAGGUGCCGGGGCCCAGGAGGACUCAGGGGUGGUGCUGCACAGGGAGUAUGGCAGCCUCUCCUCGCUGGAGAGACAGAUAGGUCUGUCAGGAACCCAGGAGCCGAGUGCAGAGGACCAAGGCAUUCUGAGCCCCAAUGCCCUCCGCUUCAAAGACCCCUUUCUGCUGCUGGGACUGCAGGGAACCCCCCCAGAGCCAGACGGCUUCUUCAGGGCUCUGUCCACCCCCGCAGGAGACACCCCAAAACCAGCCAAGCCCCCAAAGCCUGAGGGGCUGAGCAAGAAGGCCAAGCCCUCUCCUCCACAGAUCCCCCAACCAGGUCCUUAUGACAACCUGGGGGGAGGAGCCUGGGUCAGGAAUUUUGCCCACUAUGAUGUCCAGAGCAUUUUGUUUGACCUCACAGAGGCGGCCAGCAACCGAGACAGCAUCGGCCGCAAAAAAAACAUCACCUCAGGGGCAUCGGCUGCCUCGACGAUGCGUCCCCUCACCCAGGCCACGCCCUCCUCGCCCUCGCAGGGCGGGGGCGGUGUUGGGGGGGCUGUGGAGGACCCCUCCCUGGACGAGGGAGAUGGCAACGACAACGAGCUGCUGCUCAGCUGCCCCCACUUCCGUAAUGAGAUGGGGGGUGAGGAGCGGACGGGCCUGGGGCAUACGCAAGGCAGAGGGGGUCUGUGGCUGAGCCUGAGGAACCCCAACGAUGCUGUCUCAGUACUGGAGGAACCCAGAGAGAGCCACGUCCAACAGCAGGGCAAGAGCAACUACUUCAUAGAACACGCAGACCUGGGAGCCCAUUACUACCGCAAAUACUUCUACAUGAAAGAUCAUCAGAACUUCUUUGGUAUGGAUGACCGCCUUGGUCCAGUGGCCAUCAGCUUCCGUAGAGAGGAGAAGGAGGGGUCUAGUGGAGCUCAGUAUAACUACAGGAUCAUCUUCAGAACCACUGAGCUGAAGACUCUGCGAGGCUCCAUCCUGGAGGAGUCGGUGCCCUCAGCGGCCCGCCACACCACCCCCCGAGGCCUGUCUCCUAAAAGGCUCCUGGAGUUCAUCAUCCCGGAGCUCAACCUCCACUGCCUGCGUCUGGCCUCCACCUCACCCAAGGUCCGAGACACCCUGCUCAAGCUGGACGAACAAGGGCUGAACUUCCAGAGGAAGGUGGGGGUGAUGUACUGCCGUGCAGGCCAGAGCUCUGAGGAGGACAUGUAUAACAAUGAGAGCUCGGGGCCGGCCUUCGAGGAGUUCCUGGAUCUGCUGGGGGAGCGGGUGAAUCUGAAAGGCUGGGAGAAGUACCGAGCUCAGUUGGACACCAAGACGGACUCCACAGGGACCCAGUCCCUCUACACACACUACCAGGACUAUGAGGUGAUGUUCCAUGUGUCCACCAUGCUGCCCUACACGGCCAACAACACACAACAGUUGCUGAGAAAGAGGCACAUUGGGAAUGACAUAGUGACCAUAGUGUUCCAGGAGCCAGGGGCUCUGCCCUUCACUCCUAAGGCCAUCCGCUCCCAUUUCCAACAUGUCUUCAUCAUCGUCCAGGUGGAACAGUCAUGCUCUGACCAUACCUACUACAGGGUGGCGGUGACACGCUCCAAAGACAUCCCGUUAUUUGGGCCUCUGUUCCCCAAGGGUGCUCGAUUCCCCCGUUCCCCUGCCUUUAGAGACUUCCUGCUGGCCAAGGCGGUGAAUGCUGAGAACGCUGCAGAGAAGGCGGAGAAGUUCCGCUCUAUGGCCACCCGGACACGACAGGAGUACCUGAAGGACCUGGCAGAAAACUACGUGACCACCACGCCAAUCGACUCCUCCACCAAGUUCCCCCUGCUGUCCCUGGGGAGCAAACGCAAAGACAAACUGAAGGGGGCCAAGGGGGCAGAGCUGCACAGUGCUGGGGCGUUGGUCUGGGCUGUGAUGGCCACCAGUGAGAAUGAGGGGGAGACAGGAGGACACAAGCUACCCUGUCUACUGGGGGUUUCAGCUGAAUCAGUGGUGCUGAUCGAGAGAUACACACGGAGGGUGGUGUUCAACUGCUGCUGCCGCGAUGUGAUUGGCUGGAAGGCGGUGAUAGACAGCAGGGCCAUAGGCGGGCCUUGCCUGGAUAUCUUCUAUGAGAGGGGGGAGGCUGUGUCAAUCAGUGUGAUGGACAGCCAGGCGGAGGAGAUACGGGAGAUGGUGCAGAGACUGGAGUUGGUGACACGGGGGUGCGAGGCACGGGAGGUGACCCCCCUGCGUGACGGGGUGGGCCAGCCAGGCUUCCUGAUGAGCGAGGAGGGCUUUGUGACGGAUCUGCAGCGGUUCGGCUAUGCGGAGAGCGGGGGUCUGCAGCUGGGGGCGCGGGUGGUGCGUCUGUGUGGCCAUGCCCUGGUGCACCUAGGACCAGAGGAGAGAACCAGACUCCUCCGCACCGCCCACAAGAUCCACAUCACCGUCAUCCCUCCAGAUGAGAACGGCAAGCCCCGCAGGAGUUUCUCAGAGUUAUACCAGAAAGCCAUCCAGGAUGCAGAGCGUAAGCCUGGGGAGGGCCAGUCUGGAGAGGCCUGGGUGCUGGACGAGAGGGAGGAGGAGGAAGAGGAGAUGGAGGAAGAGGAGCGGGAACAGGGAGAGGGGAAGGAGGCGGAGACGAUGGAGGGAACAGCAGAGGGAGGAGAGGCUGAGGACAGGCUGUCAGAGACUGGACAGGGUGAGGAGGACCAGGGGGACCAGGGCUCCCUCCUCUCCCCACCCAGCCUGCCUCUGUUACGGGCCACCUCCCUGCAGGACCACCCACUCAACCAGAUCGUGGAGAUCACCCCCUCCCAGCUAACACGCAGCUACUCCUUAGAGAGGCACCCGUCCUGCCGAGACAUAUGUGACAGGCAUUUGUAUGACAACGUGGGUGUGAAGUUGAAACAUCACAUCUAUGAGAACCCAGAGGAGCUGAGAGACACCACGCCUGACCUCAUCCUGGCUGUCAAACCCAAGAUGCCCCUGGACGAGGAACAGUUUGUGGGGGCUGAGUUGGGUGAGGAGAGGCCAUCAGCGAGUGACUCCUCCCUGUCCUCCACCCGGUUGUCAUGUCUGAACAGAGCGGAGAGAAACUCCCGAGCCCUGAGCCUACACAACUCCAUCACCAAGAUCCUGUCGGAGACCACAGAUUCCUCAGAGGAGGAGUGGCAGUCUAUAGCUGAUCUAGCCACGGCAUGCCGCAGCAUCCUAGAAGCCUUGUCACGUGAAGCAGGAGAUGGGACCCAAGGAGCAGACUCCCUGACAGAUGGCAAGCUAAAGGACAUGAAGGACAGUGACUCACCGGGCCACCUGGAGGAGAAGGUGUCCCAGCUGGAGGACAUGCUGAAGAGGCUGCAGGACGACUUGCAAAAGGGUGAACAGAGGAGAUGAGAAGAUUGGCUGGAGGGACUUACGGCAACCAUGCUCACUCUCUCAACACUAAGUGACCAAUGGCAGUAGAGGCAAGUACAGCAUGAGAUUUUUCCUCUGUUGUUGCGUUGAAAACAAAAUAACAAUUGGAAAUGGAACUACUAAAAAACAGACCUGAGUUCAUUAACCCAAUAACCUAAAACGACCUGUGGGGUCCUUCAUGGAUGUGAAAGAUGUAAGCAAAGUUCCUCCUCGCAACCCUGAAGGUCUGACAGGCUGUCAGUCAUCCCUGUGUGCAGCCUCAGGACCUCAGCACAAUUUCUCCAUUCACAGGCUCUUCUCUGGGAAACAUGGGGACUUGGGGAUGGAUGACCUUUGAAGCCUUCAGAACUACUGAAUGACUAGCUGCUCUUGUAGUGUUGGUUACACAAUGUAGAGCAUCUGGGGAGGAAAGGAAGACUGAAGCAAAUUGGAGAAAGGGUGAGAAAGAGUAAAAGAAGGAGAGAGAAAUGAAGAGGGUUUGGAAGCCUCCCAAGCAUCCUUAAACACAUUUGGGUGAGACAUGAUUGCUUUGUUACAGUAACGAGGGUGUUUAAUCUCUGAGGUCAAAUGAAACCCUAUGGUAUGCAGUGUGCUAUAUCCCCUCCAACGUAGUCCUUUUCACCACUCAAAUAUCAAAGAGACGCCACACUGCCAGUGUUUAAAACUGCCAUCCAACUAAGUGAAUGACAUUCUAAGGAUUUUAGUGCAAAUGCUAUUCGCUCAACUUCUUGAAACAUGUGAGACAUGAAGCACACAUAAGAUUCAAACUCUGCAGAUAUUAUGGUCACAAUCCUGGGCUAUAACUCCAACAUAACCAAAGUCUUACCCUCUGUUUUCGUAACUCCCUCCUCUUCCUCUGAACACUCACCAUUAACACAGUGUUAUCAUCAAUCUAGACAACACACAGAUAUUAACAGUCAGAGACAAUUAACAAAGAAGGAAGACGACCUAACAGGGACAUGCCACAUCAGAUGAUCCAUUUUAUCUGUUGUUUACCUUCUGCCCUGGUAGAGUGAGUGAGCAUGGUUGGUUAUGGGCUUUCCCGGUCCCAUAGUAUGUCCAGCAGAGACAAGUAGGAAUUAGCUAAGACCGUGGGAAUUGUGUUACCUCAGAGUAGCUGGUUAGGUUCCAUUCAGAAGUGUGAUGUGAAACAUGGACUACUAUUGGUUAGUCUUUGGUUUCUGUCUGACUGCCAAGACGGGAGGGUUGACGGUACUGAAGCUAGUGUAGUAUGGCCCAGUGAACAAUCACCUGAUGUGGUGAUGAUCAUUGGUUACUUUGCUUUCUGUUGGACUCUCAACUUUACAUGUAUUAAUUUUCCAAUUCUGAAGCUGAGUACUUGUUAUUUCAGGUGUAUUGAUUUGCUCCAGGGCACAGUUGCACUAUGGUCCACUAGGGAGUUGAACCAGCAAAGCCAUACAGUACUGCUGCUAUCAAAGAGAAUUCCUAUUGACCCAGAUUGAUGAUAACUGGUCUCAUCUAUCAUGAAUUGUUAUUGUCAACUAUCCGUAACCCGUCCCCUCCUCAUGCCACGACUCACUGACAUCACACCAGACAGACAGACAGACAGACAGACAGACGAGACAGACAGAGAGAAAGACAGAGAGAAAGACAGACAGACAGACAGACAGACAGACAGACAGACAAAGAGACAGCCAGACCAGACGAGACAGAUAGACAGACAGACAAACAGACAGACAGAGAGACAGAGAGACCAGAGAGACAGCCAGACGAGCCAGACAGAUAGACACAGACAGAUAGACAGACAGACAGGAGUCAGUCUGGAUAGAACCCUCUCUGUGUAGAUAGUAAAACAAAUCAACACCAUUACAUAAGGCAAAGGUGCAGGGAGGCAAUAUAAUUAAGCAAUAAGGCACGAGGGGGUGUUGUAAAUGGCCAAUAUACCACGGCAUAGGGCUGUUCUUAUGCAUGACGCAGUGCCUGGCCAUAAACCACAAAUCCCUGAGGUGCCUUAUUGCUAUUAUAAACUGUUUACCAACGUAAUUAGAGCAGUAAAAAGACAUGUUUUGUCAUACCCGUGUCAGUUAAAGGUUUAGUGUUAAAACAAUAAUGCUGUUGGUAACACUGGUUGUGCUGGUAGUGGCCCCUGUCUGUUUGUCUACCCUAAGCCUCCGAUUUCCUGUCUCUGUCACAACUCUUGAUACAGUUUGUGACAUAGCAAACAGGAAGCAUUUACUAUGGCAAAUCACCGCUCUAAAAAUUGCAAUAGCUGAUUUCAAACUGAAUUCCAAGUAGUGAGAGAUUAGGGUGACCCCUGCUGUUUGGUUGAUGAGGAAUGCAAGACAUUUUGGAGCUUGGGUCUUUAUGGAAAUCUCACUUGUAUAACAAUCAGCUACAUUGGAAAUAAAAUGUUAUGGCAAUUCCUCUGCUCUCGUUUAAUGAGAGAUUGAUUUAUUAAUUGGUUGUUUGGUCUGGAACAAGUGGUUGCCAUAGUAAAUCCCAUCUAAACAUUUCCUCCAUACUCCACUUCUCCCCUAUGGAGUGCUUUUAUAGAAGGAAAUUGGUUUGUAUUUGCGUGUGUGAGUGCGUGCGUGUAUCUGGUGUGUGUGUGUGUGUGUGUGUACUUCUCUAGUACCCUGCCUUGCUUGCACUGCUACCACAAGGCAUGUAUGUGUAUGUUUGUGAACCUGUCUGUUUGCGCGUGCCUGCUGUCCAGCCCAGUCCAAGCCAGCCCUCACCCACCUCCACCCACACCCAGAUCCCUCUCACCCCUCCAUCCAUCCCAGCCAUGGUGGUCUGACAGACGGGUGUUGUUGUGUGCCGCUCCCUGGCAGGAGAAGGAGGACAAGGCGGUGCUGCAGGCCGAGGUGCAGAGCCUCAGGCAGAAUAACCAGCGGCUGCAGGAGGAAUCCCAGAGCACCGUGGCCC